AUGUUGGCCAACAAAGCCUCAAGACAGAAGCCCUGUCACCACUGCACCCACCGGCCCGCGUCAGCUGCGCCCGACCACUCCACAAUCCACUACGAGAAGUCCUGGCUCUACCGGCACUGCUCUUCGCUGGUGCAGGGGGACAGGCAGUCCCAGAAAGCCGGGCAGCUCUUCUCAGGGUUGCUGGCCAUGAACGUGGUGUUCCUGGGUAGCGCCUUCCUCAGCAGCAUGAUUUUCAACCACGUGGCCAUCACGCUGGCAGACGUCUGGAUCCUGCUCUCCAUCCUCAAGGUCUUGUGCCUGUGCUGGGUCGUCUACUACGUGCUGGGCACCAGCCGGCAGCCGCACGCAGUGCUGCACCGCGACACCCACGCCGGGCCCAUCUGGCUGAGGGGAUCCCUACUGCUCUUUGGUGCUUUCAGCGUCCUCCUGAACGUGUUUGAGAUUGGCUACAGCGUCAUUCACAUCCAGUGCAAAUCCCAGGUGCAGAAUGUGUUCCCCUGCAUCGAAAUCCUUUUCAUUACCACCCAGGCUGUUUUCCUGUGGCAUCACUCUAAGGACUGCAUUCAAGUCCAGCACAACCUCACCAGGUGUGGCCUGAUGCUGACCAUAGCCACUAACCUCCUCCUCUGGCUCUUAGCCGUGACCAACGACUCCAUCCACGAGGAGAUUGAGUCUCAGCUACGUGACGUGGAGCAGCGACUUGCAGGUAACGAGACUGCCUUGUGCACGUGCCCGAACACAACUGCCUGCAAGGUCUUCCAGAAAGGCUACAUCCUGCUCUACCCUUUCAACACUGAGUUCUACCUUGUCUGCUGCUCCAUGCUUUAUGUCAUGUGGAAGAACGUGGGGAGACGCAUCAGCCACCACCAUGCCUCUCAUAUUAAGCACAAAUUCAAGCUCCAGGGGGUGGUCUUUGGACCGCUGUUGGGUGCUGCUGCUGUGAUGAUUGGUAUCUGUGUCUUCAUGAUGUACCAGAUCCAAGCCACCGGCUCAGCACCCAACCGCCAGGUCUUCGUGAUGUAUUAUUCCUACUACAUUGUGCUCCUGCCACUCAUGAGCGCUGCCGCAGUGAUUGGCACAAUCAUCCACGCCUUGGAGAAGAAGGAUCUGGACACGCUGAAGAACCCAACCCGCAGCCUGGAUGUGAUCCUGCUGAUGGGGGCAGCCCUUGGCCAAAUCGGCAUGUCCUACUUCUCAAUUGUCGCCAUUGUGGCCACCAACCCCAGGGACCUGCUCAACAGCCUCAUCCUGUCCUAUUCAGUCCUCCUCAUCUUUCAGCACAUCACCCAAAACGUCUUCAUUAUUGACGGGCUCCACAGGCGGCCCUUUGUGGAGGCAGUUGAGGCCAGACGUGCUGGACACGCUGGGCAGCACGCAGUGGGUUCAGAGCCUCCCCAUGAAGAGACAGCCACAGCAAACAGCAAACAGGAGCACACACAGCCCCCUCUCAGCAAAGAGGAAGAGUCGAAAGAAGAGUGGAACCAGGAAGCUCACAACCAGAGACGAGUGAGCGUGCUAGAGCUGGGACAGGAAAUCCGCAGAGUUUCUCUCUCAUACAUCCAUACCUACUCUCACCUGAGCUGGAAGAGGAAAGCAUUAAGGGAGAUCUCCUUCUUCAUGGUUUUGUGCAAUAUCAUACUGUGGAUCAUGCCCACGUUUGGGGCUCACCCUGUGUUUGAGAACGGACUGGAGAAGUCGUUUUACGGCUAUUCCACCUGGUUUGCCAUCGUGAACUUCGGCCUCCCUCUGGGCGUGUUCUACCGCAUGCACUCGGUUGGGGGCCUCCUGGAGGUCUACGUCACGGCCUGA